AUGGCUGCCAAGACCCGAUUGGAAUUCAUUCUAAAUCCCGUAGAGGGUCCACCAUCGACUCUACUGCUGCCAUCACGACCCACUUCCUUCAACCGGACUUCCGGUACAUUGAACGCUGCAAUUGGCUGGCACCAAGGGCAGACUGAUCUCGGCUCGCAAUGCAAGCGCGACAUCCAUCCGCCAUCCACUUUAGUCAGUCUAAUGCCCUGCAAAAGGAUGCACACAAUACUGCCAUUGACGACCGUCACGUCCCCAACUGCAGACAGCUGCACGUCAGCAGCUACGAGCUCUGAGAGCGAGCAUUCUGACCUAGACAGCCCCAGCAAGACGCCGAUGGUACUAACGAAAACGGCACAUCUUUGUCAAGAAGAGGGCUGCAAGAGUCUUGCAGUGUCACGGCGGAGCUGCGUGCGCCACGGCGGUGGCUCGCGCUGCACCUUCAAGGGCUGCACCAAUGGUGCCAAGCUCCGGAAUCGCUGUUUCCAGCAUGGUGGCUCCACUACUUGCUUGGCUGCUGGCUGCAACAGCAAAGCCAAGCGCUACGGCUACUGCUGGUCGCAUGGCGGCGGUCGGAUCUGUAGUGUCGAGAGCUGUGACAAAGUAGCGGCUCAAGGUGGGUCAUGCUGGGCUCACGGUGGCGGCAAUCGCUGCAAGGUGGAGAGCUGUCGCAAGCGCUCGUACCGGAAGUAUGAUUACUAUUGCGAGGGCCACGCUUGCUGCAACCUGUAA